UGCCCUUCCCCGCCAAUUGACUUGCUGCCUCGAGCUCAGCCGCGAUGCCACCCACACCGUCCUCCAUCAUCUCUGACGCGCUCAAUUCGCUCUCGAAGGCCGCGAACCUCGCCCUCGCAACUGUCGAAGAACAGGCCCGCUCUGAUGUCACGCGCGCGAACGCGGACGCCUCGGAGGCGCGUCGGGAACGGGACGAUGCGCUCAAACUACUGCGCGACCUGAAGCUCGAGGAGAAGAACUGGGAGCGUCGUGAAGAGGCAUGGAGGGCAGCGGUCGACAAAGCCGAGCUUACCAUCAAGCACCAGGCUGAGACAAUAACACACCUGCGCGCCGAGUCCACGCAAUGGAAGGCCCAAUUGAUGCGACUCGAGGAGACAUCUCGUCAAGAGAUCGACGACUGGAGAGAGCGCUGCUUACACGCUGAACAGGAGCGGUGCCAACUGUCAUCUCGGAUAGAUGAGCUCGUAGCUGAGCAAUUAGCAUACAACACUCAAGCUAAUGCUGCUUUGGGUGCUCUCGCCUCGAGGUCUCCGUACCCAGACAUCUUCGAACCUUCUAGUUCCUCCACAAAGCGGGCUUCCACCUCAUCUGUGGCGCCACAGCUCGCGAAACGACAAACAUCCCUGGCACACGCACCAGACGACAAUGCGCCGCCUUCACCCCGGAAGUCGAAAGCUGCACAGACACCAUCUAAACACAUCUCACAGAUUGACCGCCCCGUCGACCCUCCUCCCACUCGCACACCAAAGAACAAGCCGCAGCCCGCGCCGGCUACGAAGGCCCCACGCACGCCGAACACGCCCCGUGCCACCUCGUCCGCACACCCCCCACUGAAGAUGAAACCACACGCGAUGCCACCACCACCAGAAGAGUUCCUUCCGCAACAGCGCGUCAUCCGGCGCGUGCAGGCUGUGAUCUCCGUCCCGGUGAAGGAAGAGGAGGAUUCAGACGCGGGUCCCUUUGAGUCGGAUGCGUCGGGCUCGGCGUAUGAGCCGGAGCAGCCUAAGCGCAAGCGCACCAAUGCACGGGCGUCCAAUGGCCGCAGACAGUCGCAGGCUAGGCGGGUGGUCGAGGAUGAGGACGAAGACGAGGAGCCGCAAGCGUAUCGACAAAGUAGACGGCCUCGCUACAUCCCGGACGAUGACGACGAUGACGACACGGACGAGCUUGCUAUGGCCCCUGACGAUGAUUUCGACGCUCGUCCUCAAAAGACGCCGAGAACGAAUAAUUCGCGACCCUCUACGAACACAUCUGCUAAGAAGCGUAAACUUGACGCUGACCAGGCGAAUGGCUCCGCUGGCCGCGCAACGAAUGCGAAAGUUCCACGGAAGAAGUAGGCUCCCACUGGCGAUAUGUGUAACAACAUUGCUAUAUCAUUGUGUUCUCGUCACUGCAAUUACCCUUGUAUCAUACAUACAUGCUAGAAGUCCUAUGUUCGUCUACACAAUAUGCGCCUGC